GCCGGCCGCCCGGCUUGCACUGCGGCGUUUCCCGCGCGGGCUACCUCGGUUCCCGGGCGUACGGCGCGGCCUGUCCUACCGCCGCCGGCGCCGCGGCCGUCAUGGGGUUCCUGAAACUGAUUGAGAUCGAGAACUUUAAGUCGUACAAGGGUCGACAGAUUAUCGGACCAUUUCAGAGGUUCACCGCCAUCAUUGGACCCAAUGGCUCUGCCCAGCGUCUCCUCUCACCUCGCAUUGGUACACUCCAACUCUUUCCUUUCUACUCUUCUCCGGAGGCGGCAGUUUUGUAUUUCAGACCCAGCCCUCCAGACUUUAGAGUGCUAGAGGUCUCGAUCCCCACCCCCAACCGCUAUGUCAGAGGUAAGUCAAAUCUCAUGGAUGCCAUCAGCUUUGUGCUAGGUGAAAAAACCAGCAACCUGCGGGUAAAGACCCUGCGGGACCUGAUCCAUGGAGCUCCUGUGGGCAAGCCAGCUGCCAACCGGGCCUUUGUCAGCAUGGUUUACUCUGAGGAGGGUGCUGAGGACCGUACCUUUGCCCGUGUCAUUGUAGGGGGUUCCUCUGAGUACAAGAUCAACAACAAAGUGGUCCAACUACAUGAGUACAGUGAGGAAUUAGAGAAGUUGGGCAUUCUGAUCAAAGCUCGUAACUUCCUCGUUUUCCAGGGUGCUGUGGAAUCUAUUGCCAUGAAGAACCCCAAAGAGAGGACAGCUCUGUUUGAAGAGAUUAGUCGUUCUGGGGAGCUGGCACAGGAGUAUGACAAGCGAAAGAAGGAAAUGGUGAAGGCUGAAGAGGACACACAGUUUAAUUACCAUCGCAAGAAAAAUAUUGCGGCUGAACGCAAGGAAGCAAAGCAGGAGAAAGAAGAGGCUGACCGCUACCAGCGCCUGAAGGAUGAGGUAGUACGAGCUCAGGUACAGCUGCAGCUCUUUAAGCUUUACCAUAAUGAAGUGGAAAUUGAGAAGCUCAACAAGGAGCUGGCCUCUAAGAACAAGGAGAUCGAGAAGGACAAGAAGCGUAUGGACAAGGUGGAGGAUGAGCUGAAGGAGAAGAAGAAGGAGCUGGGCAAAAUGAUGCGGGAGCAGCAGCAGAUUGAGAAGGAGAUCAAGGAGAAGGACUCAGAAUUAAACCAGAAGCGGCCUCAGUACAUCAAAGCCAAGGAGAACACCUCCCACAAAAUCAAGAAGCUGGAAGCAGCCAAGAAGUCUCUGCAGAAUGCUCAGAAGCACUAUAAGAAGCGUAAAGGUGACAUGGAUGAGCUGGAGAAGGAGAUGCUGUCAGUGGAGAAGGCCCGGCAGGAGUUUGAAGAACGGAUGGAAGAAGAGAGUCAGAGUCAGGGCAGAGAUUUGACCUUGGAGGAGAAUCAGGUGAAGAAAUACCACCGGUUGAAAGAAGAAGCCAGCAAGAGAGCAGCUACCCUGGCCCAGGAGCUAGAGAAAUUCAAUCGAGACCAGAAAGCUGACCAGGACCGUCUGGAUCUGGAAGAACGGAAGAAAGUAGAGACAGAGGCCAAGAUCAAGCAAAAGCUGCGGGAAAUUGAAGAGAAUCAGAAGCGGAUUGAGAAACUGGAGGAAUACAUCACCACUAGCAAGCAGUCCCUAGAAGAGCAGAAGAAGCUAGAGGGGGAGCUGACAGAGGAGGUGGAGAUGGCCAAGCGGCGUAUUGAUGAAAUCAAUAAGGAGCUGAAUCAGGUGAUGGAGCAGCUAGGGGAUGCCCGCAUUGACCGUCAGGAGAGCAGCCGCCAGCAGCGAAAGGCAGAGAUAAUGGAAAGCAUCAAGCGCCUUUACCCUGGCUCUGUGUAUGGCCGCCUCAUUGACCUGUGCCAGCCCACACAAAAGAAGUAUCAGAUUGCUGUAACCAAGGUUUUGGGCAAGAACAUGGAUGCCAUUAUUGUGGACUCGGAGAAGACAGGCCGGGACUGUAUUCAGUAUAUCAAGGAACAGCGUGGGGAGCCUGAGACCUUCUUGCCUCUUGACUACCUGGAGGUGAAGCCUACAGAUGAAAAACUCCGGGAGCUGAAGGGGGCCAAGCUAGUGAUUGAUGUGAUUCGCUAUGAGCCACCUCACAUCAAAAAGGCCCUGCAGUAUGCUUGUGGCAAUGCCCUUGUCUGUGACAACGUGGAGGAUGCCCGCCGCAUUGCCUUUGGAGGCCACCAGCGCCACAAGACAGUGGCACUGGAUGGAACCCUAUUCCAGAAGUCAGGAGUGAUCUCUGGUGGGGCCAGUGACCUGAAGGCCAAGGCGCGGCGCUGGGAUGAGAAAGCAGUAGACAAGUUGAAAGAGAAGAAGGAGCGCUUGACAGAGGAGCUGAAAGAGCAGAUGAAGGCAAAACGGAAAGAGGCAGAGCUGCGUCAGGUGCAGUCUCAGGCCCAUGGACUGCAGAUGCGGCUCAAGUACUCCCAGAGUGACCUAGAACAGACCAAGACACGACAUCUAGCCCUGAAUCUGCAGGAAAAAUCCAAGCUGGAGAGUGAGCUAGCCAACUUUGGGCCUCGCAUUAAUGAUAUCAAGAGGAUCAUUCAGAGCCGAGAGAGGGAGAUGAAAGACUUGAAGGAGAAGAUGAACCAGGUAGAGGAUGAGGUGUUUGAAGAGUUUUGUCGGGAGAUCGGUGUGCGCAACAUCCGGGAGUUUGAGGAAGAGAAGGUGAAACGGCAGAAUGAAAUCGCCAAGAAGCGUUUGGAGUUUGAGAAUCAGAAGACUCGCUUGGGCAUUCAGUUGGAUUUUGAAAAGAACCAACUGAAGGAGGACCAGGAUAAAGUACACAUGUGGGAGCAGACAGUGAAAAAAGAUGAAAAUGAGAUAGAAAAGCUCAAAAAGGAGGAACAAAGACACAUGAAGAUCAUAGAUGAGACCAUGGCUCAGCUACAAGACCUGAAGAAUCAGCAUCUGGCCAAGAAGUCGGAAGUGAAUGACAAGAAUCAUGAGAUGGAGGAGAUUCGUAAGAAACUGGGGGGCGCCAACAAGGAAAUGACCCAUUUACAGAAGGAGGUGACAGCCAUUGAGACUAAGCUUGAACAGAAGCGCAGUGACCGUCACAACUUGCUACAGGCCUGUAAGAUGCAGGACAUUAAGUUGCCACUGUCAAAAGGCACCAUGGAUGAUAUUAGUCAGGAAGAGGGUAGCUCCCAGGGGGAGGACUCAGUGAGUGGUUCACAGAGAAUUUCCAGUAUCUAUGCACGAGAGGCCCUCAUUGAGAUUGACUACGGUGAUCUGUGUGAGGAUCUGAAGGAUGCCCAGGCUGAGGAAGAGAUCAAGCAAGAGAUGAACACACUGCAGCAGAAGCUGAAUGAGCAGCAGAGUGUGCUUCAGCGUAUUGCCGCCCCCAACAUGAAGGCCAUGGAAAAGCUGGAAAGUGUCCGAGACAAGUUCCAGGAGACCUCAGAUGAGUUUGAAGCAGCCCGAAAGCGAGCAAAGAAGGCCAAGCAGGCAUUCGAACAGAUCAAGAAGGAGCGCUUUGACCGCUUCAAUGCUUGUUUUGAAUCUGUGGCCACCAACAUUGAUGAGAUCUAUAAAGCCCUGUCCCGCAAUAGCAGUGCCCAGGCAUUCCUGGGCCCUGAGAACCCUGAAGAGCCCUACUUGGAUGGCAUCAACUACAACUGUGUGGCUCCUGGGAAACGCUUCCGGCCUAUGGACAACUUAUCAGGCGGGGAGAAGACAGUGGCAGCUCUGGCCCUGCUCUUUGCCAUUCACAGCUACAAGCCAGCCCCCUUCUUCGUCCUGGAUGAGAUCGAUGCUGCCUUGGAUAACACCAACAUUGGCAAGGUGGCAAAUUACAUCAAGGAGCAGUCGACUUGCAACUUCCAGGCCAUCGUCAUCUCUCUCAAGGAGGAGUUCUACACCAAGGCCGAGAGCCUUAUUGGAGUCUAUCCUGAGCAAGGGGACUGUGUGAUCAGCAAAGUCCUGACCUUCGACCUCACCAAGUACCCAGAUGCCAACCCCAACCCCAAUGAGCAGUAGCAGUAGUUCUGCCCUCCCACCCUGUCUGGAUCCCUAAGCUGUCCCUCUCCCAAUCUCUGGAUAUUUGACUCCCAACCUUCCUCCUACAUCCUGGCCCUUUUUGGUGUAGUCAUGGGAUUUAGGCACAGCUAAUCAAGCAUGAAGAGGAACAGAGGUGAUGUUAGGUCUGGAGCAAAAAUUCCUGAACGACAGGGAGUAUUCUGGCCUCUGGAAGGAGGUGCUGAGCUGAACAGGGCCAUCUGUUCAUCACACACACCCCCUUCCUCCCCCUCAUCACCCAUAAUCGUGGGCCCCUUGGGCCUCUUGCCCACUGUGUGUGUGGGUAUGUAUGUGUGUAUGUAUGUAUCCGCAUGUGUGCAUGUGAGUAUGUUUGCAAAAUAAUAAAGGAUAUUGGAGACUUGUUUUAGAAGGAGCCUAGGCUGAAUUUGAUUCCAAGAGAGCUUAGGAUGACAGCACCCCUGAGCUGGGCAAAGGUACUCAGGACCUCAUAGGAGUCUUAGGCAGUUACCUGAAACUGCCUUCAUUCACUCAUUUGUGUAUUCAUUCAUUUAUGUAUUCAUCAGACACAUACCAAACACCCUCUAUUUGCCAGGCUCUGUGCUUAUAAUACAGAGUUGAAUCAGACAUGAUCUCUACCCUCCUAGUAAGGAGAUAAAAUGGGUUCAUGGAUGACUAUGGUUAGCUGAAUGUCAUAUGUACUUUGAAUUUGAGAAGAGGGUGAUCCCCUCUAGGCUUCCUGGAGGUCACAUUUAAGCUAGACCUUGACAAAUUGGUAGGAUUUGGUCAGGCACUAGGAGCAGAGCAUGAGUUCUGGGGACAGACAGUUAUGGGUUCUGGUCCCACUUUUUAUUGCUUACUAGUUGUUUGACCUUGGGCAAGUCAUUUGACCUUCUGUGCCUCAGUUUCCUCAACUGUAAAAUGGGGCUAACAAUAUUACCUACCUCAUAGGAUUUAAUGAUGUCAAGCUCCUCACUGGAGGCCUUAUCCCUUCGUGGAGCCCACUAGGUGCCGACCCCUCAGAAUAUAACCCUCAUGCCUGGACCCCUGAGAGCUUCUGAUCCCAGCUAUUAGGGACAGAAGAAGCCUUCAAAUCUGGAAGGUGCUGAAUGCCCUGCUGACUGGGAAAGUUUCAGGGCACUGAUGGGGUCUACCUGGUAAGUGGAGGGCCUGAGGAAACCUGUAGCUUCAAUCAUGUAUGGUAACCGGGUACCUGAGCCCCAAUCUGGGUUGUGAGGAAAUAGGGGAGAGGUAGCCUGGGCCACAUCCCAGCCUAACAUGUGUGAGGUUCAUUUUAGGAACUAACCUCAUUAGCUAUAAGGAUCAUGCAGAGGCAGCAAAGCCGGGUGCGAUGAGCUCAGCCUUUACUCAUUCACGUACACCAUCACACUUCACUUCUAAUCUGUGUAUUGCUUUUUUGCUUUUUAAAAGUUAAGUCCAUUUUAAUUACCCAAAUAAUGCAUGAAUUCAUUCUCCUUUUGAGAAAUUAGAUUGUUAAAGAUAGCCUCAUUCAGCUAUCAACCACUCCCCCUCUUGAUCUUUUCCCUCUUAGUGGCUGUUGUUUGUUGUACUUCCAUUUAGACUUUGUUUUAGUGCUUGUACGUACAUAAUAUGAACUCAUUGGAAAUAUUGUGUGUUUAAUACAAGUGGUAUAUUGAAUUGUUUAGCAAUUUGUUUUCUUUGCUUAACGAUAUUUUUGAGAUCUGUGCAUGUUACUUAAUGUAGCUCAAUACAUCUUCUGUAAUUGCUGUAUAGAUUGCCAUCAUAUGAUUACCACA